UGGACGUCACACUUAAACUCGAAGCCACUCUAUCGAUAUGUACUCGCAGGUGACUUUGUUAUGCGUGUUGGCUGCGGCCCUCGGCCACCCUGACAAGCUUCCUCAGCCACGCUCCUACGGGCCUCCCCCCUCUCCUCCGAAGUACGGUCCCCCUGCACCAUCCUACGAUGCGCCAUCCUACAAUGCCCCAGCCUACGAGAAAGGAAUGCCAUUCGACUUCACGUACAACGUGAAGGAUCAGUACAGCGGCGUCGACUUCGAUCACAGCUCCAAGUCCGACGGGUACGUCGUCAACGGCGAGUACAACGUCCUCCUCCCCGACGGUCGCGUCCAGACCGUCACUUACACCGCCGACGACUCCAAAGGGUAUCUGGCCGACGUCGCCUACCAAGGGGAAGCCGCGUACCCAGACCCUAAGCCCUACAAGCCUUCCUCAACGUACCCCUCCCCGGCUCCUUCAUACAAAACCCCAACUACUCCAUACAAAACAACCAAAGCAUACACAACUACUCCAUACAGAACCACAACCAGACCAUACACAACUACUCCAUACAAGACCACAACCAGACCAUACACAACUACUCCAUACAAGACCACAACCAGACGAUACACAACUACUCCAUACAAGACCACAACCAGGACCGAUACACAAAAAUACUCCAUACGGAACCUACAACCAGGACAAUACACAACUACUCCAUACAGGAACCAACACCAGACCAUACACAAAAUACCCAUCCAAAACCACAACCAGACCAUACCAACUACUCCAUCAAAAACCACACCAGACAUACACAUACAUACACAACCAGACCAUACACAACUACUCCAUACAAGACCACAACCAGACGAUACACAACUACUCCAUACAGAACCACAACCAGACCAUACACAACUACUCCAUACAGAACCACAACCAGACCAUACACAACUACUCCAUACAGAACCACAACCAGACCAUACACAACUACCCCAUACAAAACCACAACCAGACCAUACACAACUACUCCAUACAAAAACCCCAAAACCAACCACCAACACAACUACUCCUACAAAACCACCACAACCAGACCAUACACAACUACUCCAUACAAAACCACAACCAGACCAUACACAACUACUCCAUACAAGACCACAACCAAACCAUACAAAACUCCAGCUCCAUACUACGCCCCAGCUCCAUCUUACCCAGCUCCAGCCCCCGUGUAUGGGGCACCAAGUUACUAGGGACAGAAAGUUACUGAGAACUGAAUUCUUGCUGUGA